AUGGCCAACGAUGAAUAUGAUUUCCUCUUCAAAGUGGUCCUGAUCGGAGACUCAGGAGUUGGAAAGUCCAACCUGCUUAGUCGUUUCACCCGAAACGAGUUCAACCUGGACUCAAAGUCCACAAUCGGUGUCGAGUUUGCUACACGUUCGAUCCAGGUCGACUCCAAGACCAUCAAGGCGCAGAUCUGGGACACAGCCGGCCAGGAGAGAUAUCGCGCCAUCACCUCUGCCUACUACCGUGGCGCAGUGGGUGCCCUCCUCGUUUACGACAUCAGCAAGCACCAGACCUACGAGAACGUCACGCGAUGGCUGAAGGAGCUGCGCGACCACGCCGACGCCAACAUCGUUAUCAUGCUGGUCGGAAACAAGAGCGAUUUGCGACACCUGCGCGCCGUUCCCACAGAUGAGGCCAAGGCCUUUGCGAGCGAAAACCACCUUUCCUUCAUCGAGACUUCGGCUCUUGAUGCCAGCAACGUCGAGCUUGCUUUCCAAAACAUUCUGACUGAAAUCUACCGUAUCGUAUCUAGCAAGGCAUUGGACAGCGGCGAGGCUCAAAACCCGAUCACAGCAGGCACCACCAUUCCUCUCACCAAGCCCGCAGACGGCGACGCGGCUAAGGGGGGCAAGUGCUGUUGA